AUAACCCCUGCUCUUCAGUUUGGCAGUGACAAACAAAGAGGAACUUACAGAACUACCCGAAGCCUCACCUCUACUGAGCGCGUUCCCGUGAGAGGCCUUACCUUUGUGCGCGCCCCCGCUUCUCCACAAACAGGUUUGACCAGGACACACCUGCGAAAAGAAAAAGGAAGCUCUGUGCACUUCGCCUGUUUUAUUUCGGACUCGGACGAGGACAGAUAUAAGCUAUUCUUUGAAUCUCUGUGAAUUAGUGAACUUUUUAAAAAAUCUCAACAUGAAGAUUUGGAUAGCUCUUAUUGUUGCUUCUCUCGCGGUUGGCGCAUAUGCUCAAUGCUCUUGUGAAACUAUGAAAUGGGCUACAUGUGACGGAAGCCCAUGCACAUGCCACCUAAUGACUGGAAAUGGCACAAAACAAGUUCUGGACUGCACCAAAUUGAUCCCCAAGUGCUUCCUGAUGCAGGCUGAGAUGUACAGAGCCAGAAAAGGUCUGAGCACUCGUGGUAUCGGAGGAAAACCAGACGAAACUGCAUUUGUUGACAAUGAUGGCAUCUACGAUCCUGACUGUGAGAAUGACGGUACAUUCAAGGCCAAGCAGUGCAACAACACAGACACAUGCUGGUGUGUCAACAGCGCUGGAGUCCGCAGAACUGACAAAGGAGACAAGGAUUUGAAGUGCGAGGAGCUGGUCAUGACAUACUGGGUACGUCUUGAGCUCAAACACAAGCCAACUUCUGGAAACGUUGAUGUUGCCAACUUGAAAUCUGCUGUUGCUGAUGCCAUGCACAAGCGUUACAUGAACUUCAACAAGGACAUGGUCGAGGAAGUUGCGUAUGACCCCGAAGCUCGCCUGAUGGUGGUGGACGUCAAGCAGCCCAGGGGAAUGCGCAAGAGCGAGCUGACCCAUAUGGCCUACUACAUGGAGAAAGAUAUCAAGGCUCUGCCCCUGCUGAGAAGCCAGGACCCCUUCACCCCGACAGUUGGGGGUCAGAAGCUGGAGUUUGAGAACAUUCUGGUUUACUACGUGGACGAGAAGGCCCCCACUUUCACCAUGAAGAAUCUGUCUGGAGGCAUCAUCGCUGUCAUCGUGGUAGUCGUCCUGGCUGUAGUGGCCGGUCUACUGGUCCUGGUCUUUGCCAAGAAGCGUCAGGGCAAGUACAACAAAGCCCAGCAAAGGGAGCUGGACAACAUGUAAAUACUAAAUUGUCAGAUAUUGUACAUUACUGAAUGUGGGAGGGUGCCAUUGUCAACAUUUUUACUUGAGAAUUGCAGAUGGAAAAGGGACAAUCAACUACAGGCUUCUUAAUGUAUUUGGCAUUAUCCCGUUAAGCCAUUUUUAUUUAUGAAUUGUAAAAAUUCUUAAAACAAACUGUUAAACUCAUACAUGCCAUCAAGAACUGUGCUUUUAAAUGUAUUAGAUUUUGUUUUGAACCAUGCUCUAGACUGUACAGUUUCUUACUUACCGUGUGUUUUUGUUGAAAUGUUUUUAAUAAAAGUGUUUUUAAA